AUGGCUCUGAUAUGCAGUGAAACUCCCAUGGAUGCCCCUAUAGUUUCCUCAUAUAACGAUAAGAUAAGACCUUUACUUGAUUGUGUCGAUAAGCUCAGACACCUCAAGAUCAUGCAGGAGGGAAUCCAGCUUCCCACCAUCGUGGUCGUCGGCGACCAGUCGUCGGGAAAGUCCAGCGUGUUGGAGUCCCUUGCCGGAAUCAGCCUUCCGAGAGGGCAGGGGAUAUGUACAAGGGUUCCUCUAAUCAUGCGCCUCAAGAAUGUCCCAAAUCUUGGCGAGCCUGAGCUCCAUUUAGAGUUCAAUGGAAAAAUCGUCCCGACUGAUGAAGAGAGUGUUGCGGAGGCUAUCGUGCUUGCUACUGAGGAGGUUGCCGGCCGGGGAAAGGGGAUUUCUCACGCCCCUUUAACGUUGACUGUGAAAAAGUGCGGUGUUCCGGAUUUAACUAUGGUGGAUUUGCCUGGAAUCACUAGGGUGCCGGUUCAUGGCCAGCCCGAGGAUAUCUAUGAACAAAUCUCAAACAUUAUCAUGGAGUAUAUUACUCCGGAAGAGAGCAUAAUCCUUAAUGUUCUGUCGGCUAGCGUGGAUUUCUCGACAUGCGAGUCUAUCCGUAUGUCCCAGAAAGUGGAUAAAACCGGAGAGAGAACACUUGCGGUGGUGACAAAGGCGGAUCGAUCACCGGAAGGCCUGCUUGAGAAGGUAACAGCUGACGAUGUUCAAAUCGGUCUCGGUUACGUUUGCGUCCGAAACCGAAUCGGCGAAGAGUCGUACGAGGAAGCAAGAAUUGAAGAGGCAAAGCUAUUCCAGAGUCAUCCGUUCUUGUCCAAGAUUGAGAAGUCAAUGGUGUCCAUUCCUGUACUGGCGCAGAAAUUGGUGAGAAUUCAAGCCAAUAUUAUCUCGAAAUGUUUGCCUGAAAUUGUCCGGAAAAUCAAUGAUAAGCUGUCUGCCAACAUGGCCGAUUUGAACAGACUGCCCCAGAAUCUAAGCACUGUGGCUGAAGCCUUGACGGCAUUCAUGCGGAUUACCAGCUCUGCCAAGGAGUCACUGAGAAAAAUUCUUGUUAGAGGGGAAUUUGAUGAGUACCCUGAUGAGAAAGAAAUGCAUUGCACAGCCCGAUUGGUGGAAAUGCUGAAUGAGUACGCAAAAGAGUUGCGGGAAACUGGUUUGAGUUUUGAUUCCAAGAAUUUCUUAAUGGAGGAGAUUCAGGCCUUGGAGGAGGCAAAAGAAAUUGGGCUCCCCAAUUUUCUUCCACGUAGAGUGUUCUUCAGCGUUUUGCAAAAGAGGCUCAAAGCGAUAUCUACAAGGCCACAAGAUUUUGUGGCCAAGCUUUGGGACUAUAUUGAAAAAAUAGUGGUUACAGUUUUGAUGACUCAUGCUGAUAGUUACCCACAGCUUCAAUCUUCCAUGCGUCGAGCUUCCCAGAAUUUGAUUGCGAAGAUGAAACAGAAGUCUAUUGAUUGGGUGCUGGAAAUUAUAGGAAUGGAAAUGAUGGCGGAUUUCUCUUGUAAUCCGGAGUACUCAGCGAAAUGGAAUGAACUGAUGGAGAAGCAAGGUGAAUUCAUGGAGCUUUUGAUUGACAGCUCCAAGGGCUCCAAAUUCAAGAUUGAUGGCAUUGAAAUUGAAAUCGGGCAUCUAAGGGUGUUUGUUGAUGUUGUGAAUCAAGCGUUUGAUAUGAGGAUGCGCAUUAUUGCGUAUUGGAAGAUUGUUCUGAUGAGAUUGGUUGAUUCUAUGGCGUUGCAUGUUCUUUUUAGCAUUCAAAAGCUAGUGAAUAAGGAGUUGGAGGAAGAAGUUGUGGGUGAUCUGAUGGCGCCUCACGGCGGAGGGAUUGAGAGGAUGUUGGAGGAGUCGCCGGUGGUCGCCGAGAAGCGUUAUCGGUUGACCAAGAGUGUCAAGUUGCUUAAAGAAUCUAAGGAUGUCGUUGCAAACAUCAUGGACAGAAUUGUAUUGGCAGAUGGAUAA